UUACCUUGCCUGUUGGAGAAAGAUCACCGGUACCUUGAAAUUGGACUCCCUGUGCUAGCAAGGUAAGAAGGGGUUUACCUUCAAUAUACAAUAGGCGAUGGCACGAGCUUGAGCGCGGUGCAGUAGGGACAGGUGUCCCACGAGAUCGAAUCCUCGGUAACCGUUGUUAAAUUAAAUUAUUAGCUACCAAUUUGUAGUCGAAUUCGAUACAAUUCGCCCCAGGUUAACCUGGGUUGAGACGUGGAUGUCAUUUCGAUGUAUUGGAGGAGUACGUUCGACAUAAAACAUCAGGCAGGUACGUUGCCUUGACGAGGCUGGAUAGAAAAAAAUAGCUGUGCAGGCUACUGUGGAAUGUGUGCUAUGUCUUCGUUACAGAACAAAGUCUGCCUAGCUACCCUACUCGGAUGUAUGUAUACAACGGAAUGGUGUCAUGUUUGAUGUGUUCAUGACUUAACGUUCACGACUUAGGACAACUCGACAAUGGAGUCUUUUCUGCAGAUCGCGCCGCACUCCCUGGCCAUCGUAUUGACUCGGAUCGGCAAGGGUGACUCGACUGGUGUGUCUGAGAGCGAGGAACUGCCGCGCCAUCACACCGGCUAUGAAAUUUUUGCGGAUUUUAAAGCUGAGAACACACAGCACGUUUGGAAUCAAAGAAUAUCGGACGCCAUAUCGGACACGUUUUUCCUGGGCUGGAUUGACGAGCACGUGCUGUUGAUCCAGGGUAAAGAGGAUCACCUGGAGGUUCUCAGAGAGGGAUGGAUGAGGAGGUCUCUCAAUCCUCCGCGAGGGUUCCACAUCAAAUAUUUAGGUGAUGUGUCUCCCAUCAGCAUGUCUCCCAUCAGCCAGUCACAGUUCAUCCCUCUGGGGGAGGUGCUGUGCCUGGCAAUCUCGGCCAUGAACUCCGCCCGCAAGCCUGUCACCCAGGAGGCCCUGACAGAACACCUGGCAACAUGUUUCCCAGGUGUGCCCACGCCGACGGCAGAGAUUCUCCACCACACGCUGAGUAUGCUGGUCCGGGAGAGGAAGAUCUACCCCACACCAGAGGGCUACUUCAUCGUCACGCCCCAGACCUACUUCAUCACGCCCUCUCUCAUCAGGACCAGCUCCAAAUGGUACCACCUGGAUGAGAGGAUACCUGACCGCCAGCAACAACAACAACAGCAACAACAACAACAACAGUGUACCUCCCCCCUCUCUGGAACCAUCACCCCCUCCACUUCUGGCUGUGUCAGGGACAGGUCCCAUCCUAAGAACCAUGGAGACUCCUAUAAUAGUUACCGUGACGACCCCCCCAGCCACCAUACCACCCUCACCAGGAAGUCCCCUAAGGAGCACCGAGAGGCCUACUCUCCCCACUCCCCUCACUCACCCCACUCCCCUCACACACCCACACAGACCCAGCCCCAGCCUACCUCCACGGAGAAGACCCGGAGCACCCUCAGCUUCCCCUUCAAGUCGGACACCCUGACCAAGCACCGUGAGGGGGGCAGCAGCGGGGAGAAGCAGUCCAAGAAGUUUGGCCUCAAGCUGUUCCGGCUGAGCUUCAAGAAGGACAAGACCAAGCAGCUGGCCACCUUCUCGGCCCAGUUCCCCCCGGAGGAGUGGCCUCUGCGGGACGAGGAGACGCCCACGGCCGUGCCGCGCGACGUGGAGAUGGAGAUCAUCAGGCGGAUCAACCCGGACCUGACGGUGGAAAACGUGGCGAGACACACGGCCGUGAUGAAGAGGCUGGAGGAGGAGAGGGCUCAGAGGAGCAAGGCCAGCUCGUCAGCCCAGCACAGCGCACGCAGCAGGAGGAGCCGCGGACACCGCAAGCCCCAAGGCAAGCCGUCGCGCUCCCACAGUAAGACCCGCGCCUCCCGCGGAGACCCCUCUGAGGGAUCCAACCUGGACCUGGGGGCUGAGAGGGGCUACCGGGCUUACAGCUCCUCCCUGGCGCGCUCGCCACGGGACGCCUCCUUCUCCAUGGAGCGCAGCCGUGCCCGACACCUGGCCCACAGCAACCCAAACAUCAUGGAGUCCCACCUGCCCAUCACCCCGGAGUGGGACGUGUCGGGAGAGCUGGCCAAGAGGAGGACGGAGAUGCCCUUCCCCGAGCCCUCGCACGGGCCGUCCCACUCCAAGGUGCACCGCAGCCACAGCCACACGCAGGAGAGGAAGUCGCGCAACGAGCGCUCGGACAACAAGGCCAAAGAGCGCUCCCGCUCCAUGGACAACUCCAAAGGGCCCCUAGGGGCCGGGCAGAUUGGGCCCCCGGACUACUUUGAGCGCAGCCCUGAUGAGAGGGACAGAGACAGGAGCCGCUACUACACCGAUGACGGGACCUUGAGGGCCUCAGCCCAGGCCACCCAGUACUCCCACUCGCGGGCCACGCCCCCUGCUGCUAAGUUGGCCACACCUCCUGCUGCUAAGUUAACCUCUGACCCCUGUGGGCCCGAUGGAGGGAGAACACUUGAAAAUAACAAAAGUAGAGACCGUUUACCUGCCUACGACAGCCAGAAGGCUUAUUCUCCUAAACACAUGGCUGAGGACUAUUUCCAGUGCAAUGCAUCCACUGAGGCGGUCCUCACUACCCCUAGCCCCUUAGGAAAACCCAAUCACGAUAGCUUACCUAAGGUGAAGGUGGGCUGUUCGUCCGACAGACAGACACCUCAUCCCCCAGAGUACAAAGAGGACACUACAAAGGGACAGAACGGUGUUAGUUUGCCCAUGCCCUGCCAGAUGCCUGAGCCUUUGCCAAAUGGCCGUUCAGUACAGCACCACAACACCAACUCUGGUAGCAUGGACAGGAGGAAGGACAUCUUCAGCAAAGACACUCUGUUCAAACCUCCGCCCAACACACUGCCCAGCGGCUACGGGGACGGCAGCUACUCCAGGUCGAGCACGCUGAGGAAGACCCCGGUCAUGUCGUCGGCCGAGGUGCUGGACAGCCAGGAGCACUUUGAGCAGCCGGGCCCCCUGCUAGCUGUUCCCCGGCCCCCCUCCUCUGGCCCCUCAGGGAUGGAGCAGGCUGGCUCGUGCCCGGCCGGGGAAGCCUCCUUCGACUACUACAAUGUGUCUGAUGACGACGAGCUGGAGGACGCCGCCUCAGCCAAGCAGGCAGAGCAGGAGCCGAAGUCCCCAGAGGGCUGUGCUGGGGUCGGUGGGGGGGGUACCAUGCAGUGGCUGCUGGAGCGGGAGAAGGAGAGGGACCUCCAGCGCAGGUUUGAGAGGAACCUGACCUUCCCCAACCCCAAGGAGAGUGACCACAACAACCAGAGCCAGCAGUCAGCCCACUCGGCCAGGCUGGACAGCAUGGACAGCAGUAGUGUUACAGUGGACAGUGGAUUUAACUCUCCACGCACACGAGAGAGUCUGGCCUCAAACACCUCCAGCAUCGUGGAGAGCAACAGACGGCAGAACCUGGCUCUGAGUCCCGGACAUCUGGGAAUCGCCACGGGCAACGGUCCACCUUUCACCUUCCGGACCAUUCCAGAGCCGCCGCCUACCACCCAACCCGAGAAACUCCAGAAACCCUCAAACUGUUUGGCCUCCAUCACCAGUGUGUGACAGUGGCAGGAGAGGGAGAUCAGAUGAAGAGGGAGGUGUUGGGUUUGGAUGAGUACAGCUCCUCCACCUCACUGGGACUGUUAUAGUAUCCAGACUGGCUGACACAACAUACACCACACCAGCCCGUUCAGCGACUGGUAUUACAUUGUCAAUCUGUCAUUCAAUGGUUUUGGAUUAGUUUUCCUCAUCUUCUGUUGGGUAAUAUUUGAAUUUGUGAUACUCACUACUACAUUGUAACACCACUUCUUCUCACAAGAUUACAUUUAUAAAAAUAUUUAAAAGCAUUGAUCUUUUUCAAUCCCAAUCUAAACCUUGGAAGAAAAACAACAACGUCAUUCUAUAGGUCCUUUUUUGUUUUUACUGAGCAGUUUUCAUUUAUUUCAUGUGACUGAUUUGACUUUGAACUGCCAGUUGACAUUCUGUCAUUUAUUUUGGUGUCAAAUGUAUAAUUUUAUAAUCUCAGGUCACGCGUAAUUACACUCCUACCAUUUGUUGGCUAUGUGUGGCUGUUGAGCUUUUUAAACAUACUCUUUAGCCCCCUCUGCUGGCUCACAUGAGGCUCUGACACAAUGCGAUGCAUACGCAGCCCUGCUAGCUAGACUUUACCUGACCCCUCUGCCAUAAGGCCUACAUAAUACUGUCAUGAUAUUAUAACAUGUAAUAAACCGUUAUGUCAGCUCAUGACGACUGAUUUACAGCUGUCCUAACAGAAACCGUGGUUUAGGCUUGUUAAUUGUCUGGCCAUACAUCUAGACAAUUAGCAUACCUGAGUAAUGGUUUGUGUCAUGACUGUGUCAAGUGACAUAAGCAGCUGUCAUUAUGGUUUGUAAUGCUAUGACAGUCUUACGUAGAGUUCAAGUGACAUGUUAUCCUUAGUGAUGUUAGGAGUGCAACAUGUCCAGUCCAUCCAACCCCUCUGUACCAUGGUACUGAAGCCAGCCCUGAUGCUGCUGUAGUCUAGAUAACAAAAUCCAAGUGUUUGAACUGGGCUCUUAGAGCUAAUGUUUACAUAGAAUCAGGUCUCUCAGCACAUUUUGGUACAUUGUAAAUACAGAUUAAGGAAAGGCCUCAAUGCCCGACAGGGAUUGAGUUUCUAAGCAGUACUACACGGCAGUCAUGGCCAACAACGGAAAAACCAAACUUUUCUUUUUAUUGGAUCAAACAUGUCACACUAUUCCUGGUGCUAUUACCUGUGGUAUUUUCCUGUUGAAUGCAUUCGAUGUUCAAAUUAACAACAAGGGACUUUUGAAUAUGGACAAUGUCGAAAACCAUCCCCUUCAUAGAGGCAGAUAAGGUCAGUCCUCUCUCUUUAUAGAGGCAGAUAAGGUCAGUCCUCUCUCUUUAUAGAGGCAGAUAAGGUCAGUCCUCUCUCUUCAUAGAGGCAGAUAAGGUCAGUCCUCUCUCUUCAUAGAGGCAGAUAAGGUCAGUCCUCUCUCUUCAUAGAGGCAGAUAAGGUCAGUCCUCUCUCUUUAUAGAGGCAGAUAAGGUCAGUCCUCUCUCUUUAUAGAGGCAGAUAAGGUCAGUCCUCUCUCUUCAUAGAGGCAGAUAAGGUCAGUCCUCUCUCUUCAUAGAGGCAGAUAAGGUCAGUCCUCUCUCUUCAUAGAGGCAGAUAAGGUCAGUCCUCUCUCUUCAUAGAGGCAGAUAAGGUCAGUCCUCUCUCUUCAUAGAGGCAGAUAAGGUCAGUCCUCUCUCUUCAUAGAGGCAGAUAAGGUCAGUCCUCUCUCUUCAUAGAGGCAGAUAAGGUCAGUCCUCUCUCUUCAUAGAGGCAGAUAAGGUCAGUCCUCUCUUCUUAGAGGCAGAUAAGGUCAGUCCUCUCUCUUUAUAGAGGCAGAUAAGGUCAGUCCUCUCUCUUCAUAGAGGCAGAUAAGGUCCUCUCUCCCCAGCCCUCUGAGUUGUUGUCAUAUUAACCCUAUGUUGUCAGAUUCUCUGUAAUACAACUACCUCCACAACAGUAUAGUGGCUCUCCUCUUACAAAUCACUGUCAUCAGCCUGUAUCCUGUGAAUGUCAAUGUAAAAGCCCUAGAAAUGACUCACACACAAAGACCAUGUCAAAGUGCUGGACUGACUCUCCUAUUGUCAUUCUAAAGACAGCAGAGCUCACCUGUAUGCGCUACUUGACUAUUUAGCCCCUCUGUCUCUGAGUUUAUUAGAGGUCUUCUCACGCAAUUCUCACUUUUUGACUCUCUCACUUCCCCCAACAGAAAUUUAAUCAUUUCUGUGCAGUUUGAUUAGAAGGGGGGGGGGGUUCUCCUCUCCUCUAUUUAAUGAUGUUAAGGAUAUCAAAGGUCAAAGGUGACCUCUUAUAGCACAGCAUUCCCGUAGGGUACAUCACCGUCUUCUCAGCACUGUGUACCAUCAGUAUCCAUGUCUCAUACAGUGUGAUGAUGAGCCUAUGAGGGAGUGGUGUCAACCUUGUCACUUUGGUGGUACAGUUCCAGUCCAAUGACAACGCAUUGAAAAGGUACAUUUUCAGUUUUUGUGAGCUCUUUUCAAAUAAUGAUCAACAUCAUCAAUUCCCUCUGAAAUCAAAAGGGAGAAUUGCAGCCAAGACUGCCUUGUAUUGUCAUGUUUGCACUGAAAUAAAUGCCUGUUCUCUGGUUGCUGUAAAAGCCAUCCAAGAAGGAUGUUCUGUUUAUAUUGAAAAUAUUUCAUAUGAAAUUCUGACAGUCCAUGAAAUGUCUUCCCUUAACAUUGCGGAUUUAUAAUGGAGUUCAAUAACGUUGUUUCUAAUUGUGACGGUAUGUCAUACUGUAGAUGAUCUUGGUCUGUCAUGCUUAGUCAAAUAAUGUCAACAAUAAGAGGGAUUUUUUAUGUCUAUAAUAUCUAAGUCCCUUUUUGUGUAGUCAUGGUGUUUACUGUUGUUCUAGUGUGUGUGAUAUAACCUUUGGGGAUUGUUACUUUUUAAGAUAAUAAAAUAACAUGUUUGGUUA